CACUGACACUCUGUCCCACACCUCCGCGUCCUCGGUCGAAGCUGCCUUCGGCCCGGGCUGGUUCCCCCCCGCCUGGGGACGCCUCUUACCUCUCCUCCCGGGCUGCGGGGGACCCCGCCGAGACCAUGAGGAAAUUCAACAUCAGGAAGGUGCUGGACGGCCUGACCGCCGGCUCGUCUUCGGCCUCGCAACAGCAGCAGCUGCAGCAGCAGCACCCGCCUGGGAACCGGGAGCCCGAGAUCCAGGAAACGCUCCAGUCCGAGCACUUUCAGCUGUGCAAGACUGUUCGCCAUGGAUUUCCCUAUCAACCCUCAGCCCUGGCCUUUGAUCCUGUACAGAAGAUCCUGGCAGUGGGAACUCAGACUGGUGCUUUAAGGCUCUUUGGUCGUCCAGGAGUAGAAUGUUAUUGCCAGCAUGACAGUGGAGCUGCAGUAAUCCAGCUCCAGUUCCUGAUUAAUGAGGGAGCUCUUGUGAGUGCCUUGGCUGAUGACACCUUACACUUAUGGAAUUUACGUCAAAAGAGACCUGCCAUACUACAUUCACUUAAAUUUUGCAGAGAAAGGGUUACGUUUUGCCAUCUGCCUUUCCAGAGUAAGUGGCUCUAUGUGGGCACUGAACGAGGUAAUAUACAUAUUGUCAAUGUGGAGUCCUUCACACUCUCAGGCUACGUCAUUAUGUGGAAUAAAGCCAUUGAACUGUCAUCUAAAUCUCACCCAGGACCUGUUGUCCAUAUAAGUGAUAAUCCAAUGGAUGAAGGAAAGCUUUUAAUUGGCUUUGAAUCUGGAACAGUAGUGUUAUGGGACCUCAAAUCAAAGAAAGCAGACUACAGAUACACCUACGAUGAGGCUAUCCACUCUGUUGCUUGGCAUCAUGAAGGAAAACAAUUUAUUUGCAGUCAUUCAGAUGGCACUUUGACUAUAUGGAAUGUGAGAUCCCCUGCUAAGCCUGUACAGACGAUAACUCCACAUGGAAAACAGUUAAAGGAUGGGAAGAAGCCAGAACCAUGCAAGCCUAUCCUCAAGGUGGAAUUCAAAACGACUAGACCUGGGGAACCUUUUAUUAUUUUAUCAGGAGGUUUGUCAUACGAUACUGUAGGAAGAAGACCUUGCUUAACAGUUAUGCAUGGGAAAAGUACUGCAGUGCUAGAAAUGGACUAUUCAAUUGUUGAUUUCCUGACGCUGUGUGAAACCCCAUACCCAAAUGAUUUUCAAGAACCAUAUGCUGUGGUUGUUCUACUAGAAAAGGAUUUAGUACUUAUAGACCUUGCACAAAAUGGGUAUCCUAUAUUUGAAAAUCCCUACCCUUUGAGUAUACAUGAAUCCCCUGUUACAUGUUGCGAAUAUUUUGCUGAUUGUCCUGUGGACCUUAUUCCUGCACUUUAUUCUGUUGGAGCUAGACAGAAACGUCAAGGUUACAGCAAAAAGGAAUGGCCCAUUAAUGGAGGCAAUUGGGGCUUGGGUGCUCAAAGCUACUCAGAAAUAAUUAUUACAGGGCACGCUGACGGGUCAGUUAAGUUCUGGGAUGCUUCUGCGAUAAAUCUACAAGUAUUAUAUAAAUUAAAGACGUCUAAAGUAUUUGAAAAGUCAAGAAAUAAAGAUGACAAGCCAAACACAGACAUUGUAGAUGAAGAUCCGUAUGCCAUUCAGAUCAUCUCCUGGUGUCCAGAAAGUCGAAUGUUGUGCAUAGCAGGAGUUUCAGCUCAUGUCAUUAUUUAUAGAUUCAGCAAACAAGAAGUGAUUACAGAAGUCAUUCCGAUGCUUGAAGUUCGAUUGUUAUAUGAGAUAAGUGAUGUGGAAUCUCCAGAGGGUGAACAGGCACCACCUUUGCCAACACCAGUUGGGAGUGCCAAUCCUCAGCCCGUUCCUCCUCAGUCUCAUCCUUCUACCAGUAGCAGUUCAUCUGAUGGGCUUCGUGAUAAUGUCCCUUGUUUGAAAGUUAAAAAUUCUCCACUUAAGCAGUCUCCAGGUUAUCAGACAGAAUUAGUUAUUCAGUUGGUGUGGGUGAGUGGAGAACCACCGCAACAAAUAACCAGUCUGGCAGUUAAUUCUUCCUAUGGAUUGGUAGUUUUUGGCAAUUGUAGUGGCAUUGCAAUGGUUGACUACCUCCAGAAAGCAGUACUCCUCAACCUGGGCACUAUUGAAUUAUGCGGCUCCAGUGAUCCUUAUCGGAGAGAACCCCGAUCUCCUCGUAAAUCUCGACAGCCUUCAGGAGGUAUGCUGAUUGUGACUUCUUGCAUGUGCGGCGUUUCUAGCUUAUAUUCUGAAUCUGUGAAAAAACUCCGUUCUUCUUUUUUAACAGGUCUGUGCGAUAUUAGUGAAGGGACUGUAGCCCCAGAAGAUCGCUGCAAAUCUCCAACUUCUGGUUCUUCAUCACCACACAAUUCAGAUGAUCAACAAAAAGUGAAUAAUUUUAUAGAAAAGGUGAAGAUCAAAAGCAGAAAGUUUUCCAAGACGGUAGCCAGUGAUAUAGCAAAAAUGUCAAGGAAGUUAAGCUUGCCUACUGACCUAAAGCCUGACUUAGAUAUAAAAGAUAAUUCCUUCAGCCGAUCACGGAGUUCAAGUGUAACCAGCGUUGAUAAAGAAUCCCGAGAAGCAAUCUCUGCUCUUCAUUUCUGUGAAACUUUUACUCGAAAGGCAGAUUCAGCCCCCUCCCCAUGUUUGUGGGUUGGUACUACAUUGGGAACAGUGCUUGUCAUUGCACUGAACCUUCCCCCAGGAGGAGAGCAAAGACUUCUUCAGCCAGUAAUUGUGUCUCCAAGUGGUACUAUAUUGAGGUUAAAAGGGGCAGUCCUGAGAAUGGCAUUCCUGGAUUCCACAGGCUGCUUAAUGCCACCCGCAUAUGAAUCCUGGAAAGAGCACAAUGUUCCUGAAGAGAAGGAUGAAAAGGAGAAAUUGAAAAAACGAAGACCUGUCUCUGUAUCUCCCUCCUCUUCUCAGGAAAUUAGUGAAAACCAGUAUGCAGUGAUAUGUUCUGAAAAGCAAGCAAAAGUAAUCUCACUGCCAACUCAGAACUGUGCUUAUAAGCAAAACAUUACAGAGACCUCAUUUGUUCUUCGUGGAGAUGUUGUAUCAUUGAGUAACAGUAUCUGCCUUGCCUGCUUCUGUGCCAAUGGACACAUUAUGACUUUUAGUUUGCCAAGUUUAAGACCUCUAUUGGAUGUGUAUUACUUGCCCCUUACCAAUAUGCGGAUAGCCAGAACGUUCUGCUUCACCAACAAUGGACAAGCAUUAUAUCUUGUUUCACCUACAGAAAUCCAGAGACUCACUUACAGUCAAGAGACCUGUGAAAAUCUUCAGGAAAUGUUGGGUGAACUCUUCACUCCUGUAGAAACACCUGAAGCACCAAACAGGGGAUUCUUUAAAGGCUUGUUUGGAGGUGGUGCACAAUCUCUUGAUAGAGAAGAACUAUUUGGAGAAUCAUCCUCGGGAAAGGCUUCAAGAAGUCUUGCUCAGCAUAUCCCUGGCCCUGGUGGCAUCGAAGGCGUGAAAGGAGCAGCAUCUGGAGUUGUUGGUGAAUUAGCACGAGCCAGGUUGGCACUAGAUGAAAGAGGGCAGAAACUUAGUGACCUGGAAGAAAGAACUGCAGCUAUGUUAUCCAGUGCAGAUUCAUUUUCUAAACAUGCUCACGAGAUGAUGUUGAAAUACAAAGAUAAGAAGUGGUACCAGUUCUGACAACCAGAAAUCCAACUAAGUCCAACUUUAGCCAGAAGGAAAAAGAAUUUUCCUAUUUUACUUUAUUGAUUUCACUUUAGGAAAGUUAACAUUAAAGAGAUGUUCAUCACUGGAUACUGCUCUUUCCUAGCACAAUCAUGCAAUGUUUGACCUCAGUCAUGCGGCUUUAACUGAGGAGUGUUCACACACACUCAACGUGGAGUAUAUGCUGUGGGCCAGCUACGAGUUGACGGUUUGGGAACUAGGAUGGUCACAUGUUACAAAUGAAGAAACAGAGGGAUGUUGAGGGGACAUAGCAGGGACUUUUCCUGGGUCAGUCCUGUAUAAAACUUUCACGUGCCGAAAGAUUCUGUGCUGUCGUUAUCUGCCAUCGUUGUUUGACCUCUUUGAGGGAGAGGCAAUAAGUCAGAAGUCCUGAAGCUGAAACAGUUAUAUUUGUGUCACUGACUGACUUAUAAACGGCUGUCUUGGACUUUCCCUCCCUUCAACUGACUGGUCACCAGUAUCAUUAGUGAAAAAGAAACAAACUGUUUAUUACCAUAUCUUUAGACAGAUAAGCUGAAUGGUGGGCUUUAAAUAAUAAAAACAUACACAUAGUUGACUUGUGUAUGGGCUACUCUUGGAUUCUUGUUAUUGUAUACUUGUGUUUAGUCCAUAUUUUGUCAAAAGCAAAACAAGGCGAUACAUCACUUUUCAUUGAAAAGAAAAGUGUAGAGCAUGACUGAACUGCUCAUCAUUCUGGGAGUUUCCAUGUGAUGGCUAUGCAGUGUGGAAAGUGAGAAAAACCUCCAUUGUGGUGAGGAGAAUACUUCAAUGUCCCUUGUCCUUGUUCUCAUUAAUUCAGCUAAAUGUGGAUUUGACCAAAAUAGUUACUGGUUAAAUUUGUAGAAAUGUUGAAAUUGGCUAAGUUUUUAAUUUUGCUUGAAUUUUUAUAAAAUGUUUAACCUAAUGUACCUUUGCAUUACUUAAUUAAAAUUGCUUAAAAAAAUGUUUCAUUAUUUCAGUAAAAUGUUCAGCUCCCUUUUUAAUAUGCCCUUUACUUGCUAACAGUUCCAGUACACUCAGGUGAUGAGCCAGUUAAAUCUUAGUGCACAUGCUGUCGCAUGGAAAAAAUCACAAGCAUCCUUUGUCAAUAAUUAUCUAUGUAAGAGUCUAGUCUGAUGACGUACAAAGUAUUUUCUGUAGAAAUAUACUGUAAAACUGUUCAUGUCCUUUCAAGGUUUUAAAAAGCCAAAAGGAAAGGAAAAUAUGUGCAUUUUGGUAACUAAAUUAUUCCUGUAUUGGAGUAUAAAGCAGAUGAGGCCAUCAGUGGACAAUAAAUGAUUGGUCCCUAGAAUAGCACACAGACAGAAAAGAGAUGACGGGGUAGAUCUGAAGUAGGUAAGCUCAUUCUGCAGGCUCAUCUGAGAUUAUUACUGAUUGUUCUUAAAGCAACAAAGGACGAAUAAUAUAGAAGAUUAUACUUAGUAUUAAUGAAAUUUAAAUAUUUUCUUCUAUAAAAAAUAGUUUAAAACAGUUUUCUUUUGUCAUUAAGAGAUAAUCAGAGCACAAAUUGAUAGCAAACAUGAUGGUUGUUUUUCUAUUCCAUAUGAUCAUUAAAGGUAUAUUGUAGAACACCUUAAUUUCACAGUCUGUUAUGCAUUUUUCCUUUCCCCUUUUCAUUAAUAAAGCUCUUAUGUUUACAUUUUAUAACGUGCACUAUGGGAUAUGAAAGUUUACAUUAAAAUUUAGUUUAAAUAUCAUUAGGGAGGGAUUAAAUAUAUGUGAUGGAGAUAACUGAUCAAGCCAAAAGAAAUAUUUUUAAAAUAGUCAUUCUCAAAAGUUUUUGACUUUGUAGAAAGUAUCUAUGAGUAACAUUUCUGUUAGUUAAUGUCAGCUAUAUGAUGAACAUGUAGCAGUUUACAAAUUGUUUAAUUUGUAUCAUAUAUUAUCUAAUAAACCCAUUGUUCCAUGAUAUGUCACAGGAAGUAUUAAGCCGUUUUUUAAAGGUACAGUUUUGUGAAUGUCAUCAAUAAAAUCAGUAGUUAAUGGAUUUGAAGUUGAGAAGCACUAAGUAAAGUAAUAUACUGGUUGAUUCCCCAUUCAUGUGUAAGGGCAUAUUAGCUCCAAUUAUUUAAUUUGCUGUGUUAUUUCGUGUUAAUUGUAUAUCAACUUAAUUUUUAUAUCAACUGUCAUUUUUCCUGUUGUAUAUAAAAUGAACCAAUCUUGUAAUUAUUUUCAAAUAGAGAAGUUAGAUACAUUUACCUGAGAUGGGUUUUAUAAGAAAAUCUUAAAUCAGUAUUUCAAGUUAUUUUAUUUCAUUUUUAAAUUAAUCUACAAAUUAUGCACAGCAAACUAGAAACUCACUUAGGAUUAGAAAGCUUGAAGUAUUUUUGAAAAUAGGAAAUAAGCUUCUCAGAGUUAUACUUGAUUCAGUCUGUAGAUAAGAGACAGUCUGCAGUAAUAAACUAACCCAGGGAAUUUAUUGUAAUUUGAGAGGUAACAUCUCUUAUUUUUUUUCUAACGCAAAAAGUUGCAGUCACCAGCAAGCCAAGAUUUCAGGAAAACAAACCAAAAAUUUUAAAAAAAUAGUCAAAAUAGAAAAUAUUAGAAAAGUGAAAGAUUUUUGUGUGCUUCCUCCAUAUCUUCAAACAUUAUUCUUUGUUGCCUGUGUCCUUGACUCUCAAAUCAUUGACGUAUUCACUGAUUAGCAGUUUGUCAGUAGGAAGUGGUUUCCCUAUAUGUACCACAUAUCUGGUUCAUUUCACUCUUCAAACUGAAAUCCAUAUGUAUUUGCUUAGAACGUUAUUUGAAACCUUAUAUUCUGACCACUUCUGUAUAUUACACCAUUUGAAGUUUUCAAUUAUCUUAAUUCCCUUGGUUUGCAUUUCAGUUGUACAAGGUGUUUCCAAAAAUGGUUAUGGAUAUAACUGAGCUAUUGCUAACUUCUUAAUUUGAUUUUUUUAUGGAUGGGAAAAAGUGCUGCUAAUUGUCUAUGUUAUUAUGUGUACUGUAUUACAAUUUAAGUACAGUACUUUAAAGAAAGAAGCAUUUUCUUUUGCUUAGAACUUUUUAAUUGUAGGCUUCUCUGAAGUUAUUUCAUGUAGAUAUGUGUUUUAAACAAGUCUGAAAGUGUUAAAUACUUUUAGGUUACAGGGGGUGGUGAGAAAACAGCUGAGGAAAGGAAAAAUAUGUGAAAGAUACCAUGGACUUCAAAGUUUUACCCUGAGUUCUGUAUUCCAUAUAUGUUUUACUUAAGGCAUUUUUUCAUGUGACAUUAGAAAAGCUAUAUCCAAAGGUAAAUUUUUUGUGGCAAAGAUUUAUUUUACAUUUUAACUUUUGGGAUUUUGUUUAUUUGUUUUUCCAAAAUAAAGAGCACUGAACUUCAAACUUGAAUUUUUUCUGCACUUUUUUAGGUAAUGAAAACUUUUUAUUAUCAUUUAAUUCACAUUUCUCCGUUCAAAUCAAGUGAUACAUAUGUAUAAAACAUACCAAAAUUGUGAAUAUGCUGCUAGCUGCACCUUAAAUGAUCAUAGUUUUAAAACCUUCAAUAAGGUUUUAUAUAGUUUUGAAGGAUAAAAAAAUAGUAAAAUCAUUUGCUGUUUGUUUCAGCGUUCUAGGUCUUAAAUUAUUGCAACACUUUCAGAUUUGUUUUAAGAUCAUACAGUAACGUGUUAUAUUUAUACAUACUGCUAGAGAAUAUACUUUUAGUUUUAAAAUGGAAUUUUUAUAAAUGUACUCUUUAAUUUUAAAAAUGGUGAACUUGUUAAGUUUAAGUCAAAGUACUUAAAAAGUAUGUAUAUUAUCCAUACAAAAAGUUAUGUUUUACGCUUAUAAUAAGAAAUAUUGGUAUCUCAUAUCGAGAUACAAUUAAUUUUAAAGAAUCAUACAUCGUUCAAAAGUCUUCACACAUGACAGGAAAGAUAUCAUUACUAUGGUUUAAAAGAAACCCUCUAUUGAGCAUUUUCAAAUAUUAAUUUUAUUUUGGGGAAAAUGCCCACAACAAUAAUCACAAGAUCUUUCUCAAUAGCGGCAGCUUGCUGUUGGAUGCCUACCUUAAUUAUUGUUUUAAAAUAUAUAUAUAUUUAAAAUAGUUUUCCAGAUAUUUUCUUCUACCUUUUUUAAAAAUAAAUUUCCAAAAAUGAAAACAGAGUUUAUGUAUUUUUGUCAAUGACGGUUUUUAUUUUGUAGUUUAUAGAGUUUGUUCCUUAUCAGUUUGAUACUUGAUCAAAUAUUCCUAGACUUUUUAAUCUGUAUUUACUUUGAAAAAGAGCACUUCUCUAUCUUAAGUGUCCUCCUUUUUUUCUUUUCCCUUUUAGGGUGUUUGUUCUCUUGAAUUGAAAUUUAUGCCCCCCAAUUUUUUUUUUUUAUUUGAAAAUGAAUGUGAAGAUACUGUUUACAGCUUUUGUUAAUUAUACUUUUCAUCACUCUGAUCAAUUUCUUGUAAAGUGCUAUGGGGAUGAUUUUUCCUGUGACUCUUAAUGAUCUUACUGUUACCACAGAAGUUUUAAAGCUUCUGUGGACAGAAAAUAGUUGUAACAACCCCGACAAAAAUCAGAGGGGAAACUUUCGCUUACCUUUCUCAGCUGAAUUAAAUGGUUUUAAUAACUUCCCAAUUAUCAGGGUUAUAACAUUGCUUUCUUCAGUUCCUCACACAGUCUUAAAUUAUUAGGCACAAUUCCUUUACAAAUUGAGUACAGUAGUCCAGGGCUACGUGUAAUUAAAUUGCUCUUUUCAUCGCACUCUUUGCAUCAGAAAAAUCGUGACUCUGUUCUGCCAACAUUUCACAAUAAGGCUUAUAGUUUAAAAUUUUAUACUGUAUGAGUUGUAAAUAAAUCAGUAUUAAUUUAUUGUAGGUUGUUUGGCUCAGGCAUUUAAAAUGGAUAUAGGCUAAUGACAAUGGAAUCCUAUUUAUUUGGGAGUUUGGGGGGGGUUUAUACUUUUGCAAUGUGUUUUGUGUUGUUUAAAUUUUCUUCAACUGAGGACAACGUAAGGAGGUGGAAACAGAUUUAACGUAUCAAUAGAGAGCAAUGCAAAGAGGGUAAAUCAUGUUUUAAAUUUAAAAAAAAUUUUUGUGUAAAUAAAUGGUACUGUGAUACUUUAGGUGUGACCUCUGCUUAACGUGGUAGUUAGAACCAGAAAAACAUUUUGCUUUCCAGUUAUACUAUUGGUUCAUUGUAAAUGCAACACCAAAACCAAUAUUAAAAAGAGCAAGAUCAAGCUUUUCUAACAUUGUCCACUUCAGGGGCAAAGCAUGGUUGGUAUAGAGCUCAAGCUUGUGUACACCUCAAACUGUACAUGCAGGUAGUUUUCAGUUGCUGCACUUUUUUUUUUUUAAUCUUGCUCAGUCCAGUAACUAUCUCAAAGGUGAUUGCUGGAAUAUGCAUUUUAAAUAUGAUUUAAAAACCCAUCUCUGUGUACUGUUUCAUUUAAAACAAAAAGGCACUAUUGCAAACACUAAAAACGUGUUAAAACUUUGUAGUUAUUUUGCAUUCCUGUACUUUACAACUGUCAUCACAGCAAAAGGUUUAAAUUAGGUAAUGAAAUAUUUUUGUAAAUAAAUACCGUUAAGCUGGUAUUUUAAAAUAAUGUAUUAUAAAUUAAUGUUUCUGGAAAAUGUUCAUAUAUAUGUAUAUGAAUGUCUCUUUAUGCUGAAGGGCUCUGAUUGGGCAAAAUAAAAUAUUCUAAUCUCUCCUGAAA